AUGGGUGGGAAACCUGCUGUCCUGCUGGGGAAGGUAGUCGACUGCACCGGGCAUGACACCAUCCCGUUUUACACAGUCGAACAGCAGACGAACACUUUGGCGUUCCUGGCCGAGUUCCCAUACACUAUCGCCGCUCUCAGGAAGAUGUGGGUGUGCCGCAACUUCUGCGACUGGCAUGGCGUGCAUUGCUCUGCGGAGGGUGUUGAGGUGCGCCUUGAUUCACGACGGCUUGUCGGCCGGCUACCAGAAGUGCCCACUGCCGUAGAUGUCAAGCAGGUGAUGAUAACAAGCUUUGCUGUCGAGGGCGAAGGCGAUGGCAUCAAGAGUCGGCUGCCAGAGAGCUGGAGGAAGCUUGAACAGCUCACGUCUCUGAAGAUCAGUCUAGACACUAGCUCGCCUGCUUUGAAAUCAUUUGACGUCCAGAAUAUCGUCUACACUGUGAGAACCGUGACUGAGGCCGCCACUGGAACGAAACUGAGCAGGUGCUUCAUUCCACGCAACGCGGAAAACGUGUCACUUCACAGCAGCAGCAUGAGUGGAACGCUUCCACCCAACCUGCCCGUCUGCAAUCCAAAGAUGAAGUAUCUUUACCUCCACAAUAAUACCGGCCUCACAGGGACCAUCCCGAAAGAAUGGGGGAGUUGGACCAGUCUUCGAAUUAUCAAUAUUGAGCUCACAAACUUGUGCGGCUGCCCUCCACAGGAGUGGGCUACCUUCAACCCCUCAGUCAUAGUUAUAGCCGAGGACAGAAUAACCAACUCAGACCUCUGCAAAAUCAGCUGCAAGGACAGCAGCAGCAGCAGCAGCUCUGAACUGGAGUGUGAUGGCCCCAUUCCGUUUUACACAGCAAGCCAGCAGGUGCACACGCGCAACUUCCUUGAGGCGUUCAAGUACACAAUUAAAGACCUGCAGCCGCUGUGGACGUGCACGAACUUCUGUGUCUGGGAGUAUGUGCACUGCACACCGGCGGGUGUGGCAGUGGAGAUUACUGGCACAGAGUUUUUCGGUUCUGUUCCGGAGGUGCCCGCCGAUGUGAACCCAUCGGAGGUGGUGGUAACCACGCUUGAUUUCAGUCAUAGCGUGUGGCUGGAGGGCGAGUAUCCCAAUAGCUGGGCCUCGCUGACGUCUCUGCAGAAGGUGUCCUUUGCAUACACUUCGAUGUGGGGAACGCUGCCAUCCCAGUGGGGUUCCAUGUCCGUGCUGAAGUUCCUCGAUUUCAGCUUCACGUGGACAGUCGGUAAGUUCCCCGAAAGUUGGAGCCGCUUAGCGAAUUUGGAGGUGCUCAGAUUAGUGCAUCUCACAAUUCCGGAUCACUUGCCGGCCUCGUGGAGCAGCAUGAAAGCAUUGCGGGAGCUCGACCUCGACAGCACCAGCGUGUCAGGCACGCUACCAACCUCCUGGGGCGCCCUCAAGAACCUCGAGAUUCUAUCUAUGCCCAACAACAACAUACACGCGACUUUACCUGAUAAAUGGAGCUCGCUAACGCAGCUGCGAACCCUACACCUGCACCAUAACCAGCUUGUCGGCUCUAUCCCAGAGACCUACAACGCGAUGGUUACCCUCACCCGUGUCAGCCUCGAAGUCAACCGACUCUGCGGCUGCCUCCCAAGUACAUGGGCCGAGAGGAACGGUGUGUCCAUGACCAUCACCGCUCAGCCGGAGGUACUCGCUCCUGACUGCGCGACUGAGAACAUCUGCGAGCCACAGACAGAAAGUAGUAGCAGCUCCGCCACCACCUCGUCUUCGUCGUCUGCGCCGUCCAGCAGCAGCUCCGCGCCGUCCUCGUCGUCCUCGUCGUCUGCGUCGUCCAGCAGCAGCUCUGCGCCGUCCUCGUCGUCUGCACCGUCCAGCAGCAGCUCUGCGCCGUCCUCGUCGUCUGCGCCGUCCAGCAGCAGCUCUGCGCCGUCCUCGUCGUCUGCACCGUCCAGCAGCAGCUCCGCGCCGUCCUCGUCGUCUGCGUCGUCCAGCAGCAGCUCCGCGUCGUCCGCGCCGUCCUCGUCGUCUGCGUCGUCCAGCAGCAGCUCCGCGCCGUCCUCGUCGUCCUCGUCGUCUGCGUCCUACAGCAGCAGCUCCGCGUCGUCCGCGCCGUCGAGCAGCAGCUCUGCGCCGUCCUCGUCGUCCUCGUCGUCUGCGCAAUCCAGCAGCAGCUCCGCGCCGUCCUCGUCGUCCUCGUCGUCUGCGUCCUACAGCAGCAGCUCUGCGCCGUCCAGCAGCAGCUCCGCGUCGUCCGCGCCGUCCUCGUCGUCUGCGUCGUCCAGCAGCAGCUCCGCGCCGUCCUCGUCGUCCUCGUCGUCUGCGUCCUACAGCAGCAGCUCUGCGCCGUCCAGCAGCAGCUCCGCGUCGUCCGCGCCGUCCUCGUCGUCUGCGUCGUCCAGCAGCAGCUCCGCGCCGUCCUCGUCGUCCUCGUCGUCUGCGUCCUCCAGCAGCAGCUCUGCGCCGUCCUUGUCGUCUGCGUCGUCCAGCAGCAGCUCUGCGCCGUCCUCGUCGUCUGCACCGUCCAGCAGCAGCUCUGCGCCGUCCUCGUCGUCUGCACCGUCCAGCAGCAGCUCUGCGCCGUCCUCGUCGUCUGCGCCGUCCAGCAGCAGCUCUGCGCCGUCCUCGUCGUCUGCACCGUCCAGCAGCAGCUCUGCGCCGUCCUCGUCGUCCUCGUCGUCUGCGCAAUCCAGCAGCAGCUCCGCGCCGUCCUCGUCGUCCUCGUCGUCUGCGUCCUACAGCAGCAGCUCCGCGCCGUCCUCGUCGUCCUCGUCGUCUGCGUCCUCCAGCAGCAGCUCUGCGUCCUCCAGCAGCAGCUCUGCGCCGUCCAGCAGCAGCUCCGCGCCGUCCUCGUCGUCCUCGUCGUCUGCGUCCUACAGCAGCAGCUCCGCGCCGUCCUCGUCGUCCUCGUCGUCCUCGUCGUCUGCGUCCUCCAGCAGCAGCUCUGCGCCGUCCUCGUCGUCUGCGCAAUCCAGCAGCAGCUCCGCGCCGUCCUCGUCGUCCUCGUCGUCUGCGUCCUACAGCAGCAGCUCUGCGCCGUCCAGCAGCAGCUCCGCGUCGUCCGCGCCGUCCUCGUCGUCUGCGUCGUCCAGCAGCAGCUCCGCGCCGUCCUCGUCGUCUGCACCGUCCAGCAGCAGCUCUGCGCCGUCCUCGUCGUCCGCGCCGUCGAGCAGCAGCUCUGCGCCGUCCUCGUCGUCCGCGCCGUCCAGCAGCAGCUCUGCGCCGUCCUCGUCGUCUGCGUCGUCCAGCAGCAGCUCUGCGCCGUCCUCGUCGUCUGCGCCGUCCAGCAGCAGCUCCGCGCCGUCCUCGUCGUCCUCGUCGUCUGCGUCCUACAGCAGCAGCUCUGCGCCGUCCAGCAGCAGCUCCGCGUCGUCCGCGCCGUCCUCGUCGUCUGCGUCGUCCAGCAGCAGCUCCGCGCCGUCCUCGUCGUCUGCACCGUCCAGCAGCAGCUCUGCGCCGUCCUCGUCGUCCGCGCCGUCGAGCAGCAGCUCUGCGCCGUCCUCGUCGUCUGCGCCGUCCAGCAGCAGCUCCGCGCCGUCCUCGUCGUCUGCGCCGUCCAGCAGCAGCUCUGCGCCGUCCUCGUCGUCUGCGCCGUCCAGCAGCAGCUCCGCGCCGUCUUCUUCGUCCGCGCCGUCCAGCAGCAGCUCCGCGCCGUCCUCGUCGUCCUUGUCGUCUGCGCAAUCCAGCAGCAGCUCCGCGCCGUCCUCGUCGUCUGCGUCGUCCAGCAGCAGCUCCGCGCCGUCCUCGUCGUCCUUGUCGUCUGCGCAAUCCAGCAGCAGCUCCGCGCCGUCCUCGUCGUCUGCGUCGUCCAGCAGCAGCUCCGCGCCGUCCUCGUCGUCUGCGUCGUCCAGCAGCAGCUCUGCGCCGUCCUCGUCGUCUGCGUCCUCCAGCAGCAGCUCUGCGCCGUCCUCGUCGUCUGCGCCGUCCAGCAGCAGCUCCGCGCCGUCCUCGUCGUCUGCGCCGUCCAGCAGCAGCUCCGCGCCGUCCUCGUCGUCUGCGCCGUCCAGCAGCAGCUCUGCGCCGUCUUCGUCGUCUGCGCCGUCCAGCAGCAGCUCCGCGCCGUCUUCGUCGUCUGCGCCGUCCAGCAGCAGCUCUGCGCCGUCCUCGUCGUCUGCGCCGUCCAGCAGCAGCUCCGCGCCGUCCUCGUCGUCUGCGCCGUCCAGCAGCAGCUCUGCGCCGUCCUCGUCGUCCGCGCAAUCCAGCAGCAGCUCCGCGCCGUCCUCGUCGUCCUCGGUGUCUGCACCGUCCAGCAGCAGCUCUGCGCCGUACUCGGCGUCCUCGUCGUCUUCGUCCUCGACGACGACCACUGUGGAACCAACUGGGAACCCCGUUCUGCCGUCGUUUUCGUCUGCCUCUUCGUUGCGGGAUAGUUUUUAUGAUAAUCUGUAUCUGAUGUGCCCGAAUGUGGAAGAGGCCGGCGUUGAUAUUAUUUCUAUGUAUAAGGAGGACAUCUGCUGCAGCAAGUGGGAUGGCAGCGAGUAUAAUACCACGUGCGGGGACAUGAUUGAGAACUAUGCGAAUGCCAUUGUGACUUGUAGCGGUGCUCUCGGUAGCCGAGGUUACUUCUCAUGCUGCACCAGUGUUGGGCCGGAUGGUGUCGGACAGUUCCUGGGGACGCGCUGCCAGGGCACGUCUGUGGAUGGUGUGAAAGGACCGUUAGCCCGUGCGGCGUUGUGGAAUAUCCGCUCGAGCGGCGGCGGUCUCUUGGUGACGCUUGCCGCCGUGAUUGUGAUUGGGGUAAUGUAG